GGCAGCUCGGCAUGGAGGAACGCGCGAACUCCCGGGGCGAGCCCCGCGCCUGGCCCGCCGGGCCCGUGCUGUGCCGCGGCUGCGUGGAGCCUCUCAUCUUCCUUGCCAACUUCGCCUUGGUCUUGCAGGGCCCGGUCACCACGCAGUACCUGUGGCACCGCUUCAGUGCCGACCUUGGCUACAACGGCACUCGUGACAGGGGUAGCUGCACCAACCAUAGCGUGGACCCCACCGCGCAGAAAGUGGAGACCCUUACCUCCCACUGGACCCUCUACAUGAACAUGGGCGGCUUCCUGGUGGGACUCUUCUCGUCCACACUGCUGGGUGCCUGGAGUGACUGCGUGGGCCGCCGCCCGCUGCUGGUGCUGGCCUCCCUCGGCCUGCUGCUCCAGACUGUGCUGUCCAUCUUCGUGGUACAGCUGCAGCUCCACCUUGGCUACUUCGUGCUGGGCCGCAUCCUUUGUGCCCUCCUCGGCGAUUUCAGCGGCCUCCUGGCUGCUGGCUUUGCCUCCGUGGCAGAUGUCAGCUCCAGCCGCACCCGUACUAUCCGAAUGGCCCUGCUGGAAGCGUGCAUCGGGGUGGCAGGGAUGCUGGCGAGUCUCAUUGGUGGCAACUGGCUCCAGGAGCAGGGUUAUGCCAACCCCUUCUGGUUGGCCUUGGCCUUGCUCAUUGCCAUGACUCUCUAUGCAGCAUUCUGCUUUGGUGAGACAGUGAAAGAGGCGACACCCGCCCGGCUCUUCACACUCCGUCACCACCGAUCCAUCGUCCAGCUCUAUGUGACCCAGGCCCCGGAGAAGUCCAGGAAGCACUUAGCCCUGUACUCGUUGGCCAUCUUCGUGGUGAUCACUGUGCACCUUGGGGCCCAGGACAUCCUGACCCUCUAUGAGCUGAGCACACCCCUCUGCUGGGACUCUAGGCUGAUUGGCUACGGUUCUGCGGCUCAGCACCUCCCAUACCUCACCAGCCUGCUGGGCCUGAGGCUUCUGCAGUACUGCCUGGCCGACACCUGGGUGGCUGAGAUCGGUCUGGCCUUCAACAUCAUGGGGAUGGUGGUCUUUGCAUUUGCUACCAUUACACCCCUCAUGUUCACAGGGUACGGGCUCCUCUUCCUGUCGUUGGUCGUCACGCCUGUCAUCCGGGCCAAACUCUCCAGGCUGGUGAGAGAGUCAGAGCAGGGCGCUCUCUUUUCUGCUGUGGCCUGUGUGAAUGGCUUGGCCAUGCUGACAGCCUCCGGCAUCUUCAACUCGCUCUACCCAGCCACCCUGAACUUCAUGAAGGGCUUCCCUUUCCUCCUGGGAGCUGGCCUCCUCUUCAUCCCGGCCGUCCUGAUUGGGAUACUGGAAAGGGCUAAUCAUUGUCCUGAAUUCCAGCAGUUUUCCCAGAGCCCCUGA